GUCUUUUUGACCUCGCGUGCUUAGGAAUAACAUGGCGGCUGAAGUGGUACGCCGGGUUCAAGAGCGAAGACCACAGCGCCGGGUAGCUAACCAAGUUCCUGAUGAAAUUUUGAGUGAUGUAAAGUUGCAGGAGGCUGCCAGUGUCUUGCCUAAAAACUACAACUUUGAGAUCCCCAAGACUAUAUGGAGAGUGCGACAAGCCCAGGCUAAAAAAGUGGCUUUGCAGAUGCCAGAGGGUCUACAAAUGUUUGCUUGCACACUUGCUGAUAUCAUCGAAAGGUUUACUGAUGCAGAGGCCUUAGUAAUGGGGGAUGUAACAUAUGGAGCCUGCUGUGUUGAUGACUUCACUGCUCGUGCACUAGGGGCAGAUUUCUUGGUACACUAUGGACACAGCUGUUUAGUGCCUAUAGAUGCAACAGUUGGAAUAAAAAUGCUAUAUGUCUUUGUGGAUAUUCAAAUUGACACAGCCCACUUCAUUGAAACAUUGCGAUUCAACUUCUCUCCUGGUUCUAGUCUGGCUCUAGUCAGCACCAUUCAAUUUGUUGCUGCAUUACAGGCCUCUAGUAAAGAACUACGCCCUGACUUUGAUGUCAUUGUACCACAGUGCCGUCCACUGUCCCCUGGGGAGAUUUUAGGCUGCACCUCUCCCAAACUGGAGCGACCUGUUGAUGCUAUCAUCUAUCUAGGAGAUGGCCGUUUUCACCUGGAAUCUAUAAUGAUCAGCAAUCCAGAUUCUCCAGCAUUUAGAUAUGAUCCAUACAGUAAAGUGUUCUCACGUGAAUACUAUGAUCAUGAAGCAAUGCGUGGCAUCAGGAAGCAAGCCAUUGAGUCAGCAAGAAGAGCAAAAAACUGGGGCCUUAUACUGGGUACUUUAGGAAGGCAAGGAAACCCUAAAAUCCUGGAGCACCUAGAAACGCAUCUUAAGGCACUUGGACGGCAAAUUAUUCGUGUCCUGAUGUCGGAAAUCUUUCCACAAAAGUUGGAACAGUUCUCAGAGAUAGAUGUAUGGGUUCAGAUUGCCUGUACUCGACUGUCCAUUGACUGGGGCAAAGCAUUUUCUAAACCUCUCCUCACCCCCUAUGAGGCUGCUGUGGUUCUGAAGGAAGUAGAGUGGCAAGAGACAUAUCCAAUGGACUUCUAUGCCAACCAGAGUCUCGGACAAUGGACCGUCAAUCAUCCAGCCAAUCAACGUGAAAAGGCAGCUAGGAAAUCUAAGAUGGACCCGCCUGUAUCGUCUACUUGUUCGGAGGCUGAUGACCAAUCCAGAUGUAAAGAAUCCUCGGCCCCCCCUACCACCCAGUGAGCUUGCUCUGUGGCCUGUCACAGCUGCCAUUACAUGUGUUGGCUUCGGCAUCAGGUACCCUUGAAAAAUUGACCUGCCGGUACUGCAGAAGAAAGACAGGGGUCACACCACAGAGCUGAGACGGCUGCACAAGUAUCUGUAAGACUUCCAACUUUAAUGUCCAUUUUACUUUAUUGUGUAGAGUGGAUGUAACAUGGCAGGGUCCCUGUUCUCAUACUAGUCAUAAUGAAAACAUCUUUUCAAGA